CGACAUAACAGUCACUAUUCACACGAUGGAAGGCAGUGGCGCUUUGGCACGAAUCCUAAAAUGGAGGCGUGUGUUUCAGACUACUAAGUGGCCUCAACUAGGCAACGAGGUUGCUGAGGGACCCGGUAGUAAAUACACCAACUUCUCACUUCAGCACAUCAUGGACAAGUAUAAUUUCCUACCAACUAUGCUUACGCAGCGCGAAUUUUUAUUAAAGUUAGGCCACAAGAACCCGGAAAUUGUACAGGAUGCAUAUCUCAAGAACGAUACUUACAACUAUUACAUCCGUGAGGAUCGACUUGAGCCUACUUCUGAGUGUCCUGAAGCGCUGCGCGCAACUGAGGAAGCCACUCAGGGAUCAGGUCAUCAUUAGAUCGCAGACAAUGUAAAUGUGUUAUAAUAAU